AGCAGCUUUUUUUUUGGGGGGGCAGCCCAUCAAUUAUUGGCACUGACAAUAAUUCAGGGCACGGUGGGUUUUGAAAAAUCCUCCUGGAAGUUAAAAAUGAGAAACCUAGAAGGGACUUGGAGAAAAUCCCAUCUUUUAUUUCAGAUGAGUGACGUUUUGUGACUUACCUGGUUGUUGUUACUAUGAGUUGGGGGUGGUUUUGUGCUGCCUGUUCACGUCUCCUCUCUAUUUUUUCAGAGAAAUGUUCUCAUUCUGGGUUUCUGGAUCUGCCGAGUGCUUCAUCUCGCAAUCUAAUCUUUUAUGGUUCCACGUUUCGGUGAUGAGUGUUAGAGAUUUCAGUGUCUUCCUCAAACUGGUAGAGCAGAAGACCUGAGCAGAUGCUCUAGAUCUUGAUUCCUCCACCUUUUCAGUGUGUUCCUCCCUAACUCUGGACUUAGGGAAGGGGCAGGGGGCAAAAUCUCACUAUGACAGAAACCUCAAUAACGUCCGGAAGAGACAUAUUUCUCUAAAUUCUCCUCGUUGACAGACUUAAGGUCUUUUUUGCAAGUUUUAAAGUGUAUUUUUAAGUGGGAAGGGUGGUGAAAUUGGCUUAAAAUGGAUGCAUAGGGCACAAAUUGGCUUAAAAUGGAUGCAUAGGGCACAAAUUGGCUUAAAAUGGAUGCAUAGGGCACAAAUUGGCUUAAAAUGGAUGCAUAGGGCACAAAUUAAAACCCGUGGGGUAGAGCUGUGGGGUGAGUUCAAACCAGCACCGCCUGACUCGGCUCCAGAAGUAGUUAAAUCAAAUUCUCUACGUUCUCCUCCACGAGGAAAAAAAGCCCUGGAAAUUUUUGAGCUGAGCUGCUUGGCCAAAUAGCUGGAAUACUUGAACCACGCCGAGGUUGAGGGCUCACUCUUUGCUAAAAGAGGGAAUUUGGCCACUUUUCCAGACCUCUCGAGACGUCUGCUGUAAAAAAACAGCCCCUGGUGCCAGUGGGUCUUGGAGAGCUUGUAAACAAAAAGCUCUGGAAAUGGUUGUCUGAAUUAUUUUGUUUGGUUUUUUUUAAAAAAAAAGAAUUUGAAAAGAAUUUCACAAGUGGUAAGUGAAACUGGAUCGAAAGCUUGAAUUCUGCUGAAUUGAAAAGGGUUUUUUUGGCUUGGCUCCUAAACCUGAUUUGAUUUUUUCAUGGUUUUUAAGGGCAUAGGGGUGUCCUCGUGGUCUCCUGGAGUUGAAUGCUGCGAGGGAGGGCCACGGAAGGGUGGCACAGGGAAAUUUGGGACCCUGGCUUAUAUUGGGUUGCUCUUCCAGGAGUGGAAGUUGCUGUUUGUGGUUGGAUUUUUUUCACCAGGAGCUUUUUUAGCUCCUUCUGGUGGUGUUGGACCCCCGUGAUGGGUCAUCCAUGCUUCAGAAAGGACUUCUUUAAGUUCCCAGGGAGUUCUGCUUGUGCCAAAUUUCUAGUGGUGUGUUCUGUAUCCUCCACAUCCCACUGCACGAGUGUUUACAUUAACCUACUGGGGGUUUUUUUAACUUAAAACCGUUUUUAUUGAUGGUAGUUCCAGACCUGAGUUUAUUUGGUGGCUGGAGCAGAGCAAGGUUGAGCACUUUGAGGCUGUUUCGGUGCAAAGGCCAGCAGUUUGUGUUAAAAUCUUAAUUGUAAGUGGCAUAAAUGAAUAAUUAGAUACGGAACAUCCACGUGUUAGAUAUGUAAGUUAUUAGAUAUUAUAAGUGGCAUAAAUGAAUAAUUAGAUACGGAACAUCCACGUGUUAGAUAUGUAAGUUAUUAGAUAUUAUAAGUGGCAUAAAUGAAUAAUUAGAUACGGAACAUCCACGUGUUUCUCAUUCGCUGGGCGAAAUAAAGGAUGACAUUUUAGGCUGCUGCAGCUGUUGGCAAAAUGAAUGACUUCCUAAACUCUUGAAUCAUUAAAAUCUUACUACAGCUACAAAAAAGACUGAUUUUAGAGGAAGCCAGUCAGCUUUUCACAGGUUUGGGUCAAAUAGAGAAGCGAUAACUUCAACUUAUGGAAUCUGUGGUAAAACGCAGCCUUUAUGGCUCCUCCUGUCCCUUGCUGAGAACUCUUGCUCUUGUGACAAGUGUGAAGGUUCCUGGUGCUGCUUCAUGGCCCCGUGUGGGUUUUUUGGGGACUAAACUGGCACCAGUGGGUGUUAGUGAUUUCACCACUAAAGUUUUUGGGGUCUAGAUGCAAAAGUUGAUGUUUUUUCCAAGCUGUUGCCUUGGCGCGUGCGGAGGCUGGGCCAGGGGGCCACCGGGGGUGGUAGCCACGGCGUGUGGCUCCACAGAUGGGCUUGUGCCACAGCAGGGCUCGUUGCUUUCCCUGUCCCUUGGACUGUCACCUUCCAGCAGGAGGGGUUAGUGUCACCCUCGGGGACCGAGUGCCUGAUUUGGACCGAGCAGCGCUGCUAAAAACGGGGAGAAAUAUUUCCUUCCCAAUGGGCAAACUUUCUUCUCUCCGCACAAACGUUUGCUUCCAGGAAAGGUCUUUUUUUAAUCUCUCUUUGACCUUCCCAAACCAUCCCUCCCAGAUUUGAUUCUCUUGAUUAUAUAUUGCAGAGGAGCUGGUGACCCCCUAUUUUAUAUUUAAACCCCCAAUUUUAUAUUUCAAAUAAACCCCUAAUUUUAUAUUUAAAAUAACCCCCCAAACACUCCCCCUCGUAGGGCCAGGCGGUUGCUGUGCCGUCGGCCCUCCGAGUCCCAGAUUGCUGCAUGACUUCUUGUUUGUUUUUUUUGUUGUUUUGGUUUGUUUUUUUGGGUUUUUUUCUUCAAAAUCAUUUGUUCCAGAAGAGCUUAAAGCAACGCCUGGGGAAGAGUAACAUCCAGGCACGACUGGGCCGGCCGGCUGGCCCCCUCGCUCGAGGAGCCAUGGGGGGAAGAGGACUAGCCAUGGGGCAGAGGGGCUUGCCACGAGGAGCCAUGCGCGGUGGCCGGGGAGCAAGAGCUCUGCUGAGAGGAGGAGUCCCACUCCGAGGUCAGAGCCUGCUUCGUGGAGGGCGAGGGAUGUCCCCCAGGAUGGGGCUGAGAAGAGGUGGCAUCAGGGGCCGUGGUGGCCCUGGAAGAGGUGGCCUGGGCAGAGGUGCCAUGGGCCGCGGGGGACUCGGUGGCCGAGGUCGUGGCAUGACGGGCCGGGGCCGUGGUGGCUUCGGUGGCCGCGGCAGAGGCCGAGGUCGGGGCAGAGGAUCCACACGUCCCGCCUUGACCAAGGAGCAGUUGGACAACCAGUUGGACGCCUACAUGUCCAAGACCAAGGGACACCUGGACGCCGAGCUGGACGCCUACAUGGCUCAGACAGACCCCGAGACCAACGACUGACUCAUCCCCCCCCUUCCCCCCCCC